AUGAAUACUCUGGAGAUGGUGUUGGAUUUGGCCUUCUCGCACUACCUUCGGACACGUCCGGAGUAUGCGCAGAAGAAGCUAGAGGAGGCCCUGAAGAAGCUAGAAGGGCCAGAUGAUGAUGAUGCUGAGCGCAGGGAAGAGGAGGAGCGUGAGAAACGCUACCGGGAGGAGCUGAAGCGUUCCGGAGAGUGUGUAAAGAAACAGGGAUGGGUCACGAAGCUCCUUCCCUCGUACGGGGUGAUUGACAACAACUUCCGCUUCGAGAUUGACCUGAUUAAGGAGUUUACAAACUUUGCUGAGGGUUGCCGGGUGAGCUAUCUCGCCUACAAACAGCCCGAUGGCAUUGUGAAGGUCGUAAAGAUUGAUUCAGUGCUGCAGGAGGCAUGGGAACGUGGGAACUUCAAUGAGCAGAAGAUCUUUGAACAAAAUCUCGAGGAAUUCUACGGGACGCAUCUUAGGAAGAUCAACGGCACUGUGGAGAGCCUCGUGGAGUCGCACGGGAGCACAAUGGUUAAUAUUGAGACGGAAGUGGAGCGAAAUGUGACGAUAAACAUCUCAACGGUGGAGAUUCAGUUCAGACCCAUGGCCGGGGAUACCAUUAUCCUCACGUGCAAAAUGCAGACAGAUGAUCAAUUCUUUGACUAUCGCGGGGCCAUCCUCAAUUGCGUCUCAAUCACUCCCGUGCGGAGUAUCGUGGACAUUGGAACGGUCUCCAGGGUGGAUCCAUCCGGAGGCGGAAGGAUCAACAAGAACAUCUCCUUCAGCCGGGAUGCCCUGGAGCCGGAUUAUGUGCCACAAAUGGGGGAUGUGGUGACGUAUGAUGCAAUUGAGAAUAUCAAGGAGGAAACUAAUUGGCGCUGCCUCAAGCUGGUACUCACAAAACGCCCGGAAUUGCUGCAGAGUGAUGACAAACCGCCAGAGCAGCAGCAACCGGUGCCGAAGGAUGAACGUGGGAUUGUUGUGGAUGACAUUCAGCAAAUUUUUCUUGAGGAUGUGGAGCAAAAAGCUGAGUUGGAUAUAAGGAUUCGCAAUACCUCCGCACGGAGUCACAAACUCUUCCGUCUCAUCAUUCCGGUGGCGAAGAAGUUCAGUCAGUUGGAGCUUCUUUCACCCACAGUCGAUACGUCAUUUGUGCUGGAACCGGGACAGGGGCAAACGUACAAGUUUCUCGUGAAGGGGCGCUUCUAUGGGCUGUCUUCGGAGAAGCUUGUGUGGAAGUUUGCCGGAGGGCUUCACGUUGAGCGACAGGUGGAGAUUCAAGUGGGCACGGAUGACAAGGAGGUGCAGCACCGGCCACAGAGGCCAUCCCGAUACAACAAUGGGUACGUGCGGGAGUUUGGCCGAACAGAUGCGGAUGUUGUGCGUGGGGGAGCACUGAGGAAGACAACGGGGAUCAUGCCGAAGGUAAUUGGGCAGUAUUUAGUUCCGGAUAACAUCAAGGAGCUCGUCCUGGGGGCAAGUAACAGAAUUGACGCAGAAGAUGGCGUCUUGAGGGCCUACCCGGUGCUGAAGAAUCCCCUAGAGCCCCGAACGUACUCACGUUUCUUCCAUAAUCUCCUCUUCCUGGAGGAGCUGCAAAUGUGGGUGGAUUUCCGGGUGUACGAUCGCACGGAAGUCUUCUUUAAGCGUCCCGAAAAGGAUUACCUUUCCCUGGAUAUUGACAAUGUUGCCGAAACGAGGCCUUCUCUCAUUUUGGGCGAUAUAAUUCGUGCCACAAACCCAUGGAACACGCGUCAAGUGUUCGAAGGGCACGUCCAUAAAAUCCAACAGAAUCGUGUCCUCGUGAAGUUUGACAAAUCCUUCCAGUACAACUACAGAGGGGAGCUGUACAAUGUCCAAUUUCACUAUACACGUGGUCAGAUCCGUAAACUCCAUCAUGCCGUUGAGAAAGUCUUGGAGCAACUUGGCGAAGAAGUUAUUUUUCCCGUUAAAAUUACCCCCAAAACCCCCCAAGUGGACGUAGUGUUGAACGAUGAGAGGAUGAUUGAUCAGAAGACGGGGCAGGAGCUGAAGUGGUUCAAUGAGAAGCUCAAUGAGUCCCAGAAGAGGGCAAUAAAGAAUAUCCUACGCGGAGAGGCACGUCCAAUGCCCUAUGUGAUUUUCGGGCCUCCGGGAACGGGGAAGACGUACACAGUGCUCGAGGCAAUCCUCCAGAUUGUUCAGAAUAUCCCUCAUGCACGUGUACUGGUCAGUGCAUCGUCCAAUAGUGCGUGCAAUCUCAUCACAGAACGUCUCAUUGGCUGCAAAGCUCUCCUCCCUGGGACCUUUAUACGCGUCGUGGGGCUCAGUGCGAUUGAUCGGCAGAGUAUUCCUGAGCACCUUCAUGCGUACUGUGCUCUCUGUGAUAUCUCCAUCGACGGCACAACGAGCAAUGAAGUCAAGGAAACGGAGACAGGCCUCAAGAUGUAUUGCAAUUCAAAGUAUUUGGCAGAGCAUAAGGUAAUCAUUGGAACGUGCGCAACACUUGGAUCCUUCAUGUCGCUGAAUCUCAAGUCAAAUCACUUUACGCACGUUAUUCUGGACGAAGCAGGGCAAUGCAAUGAACCCGAAACAAUCAUCCCAAUGAGUUUGCUGAAUAUGGAAAUGGGUCAAAUAAUCCUGGCAGGAGAUCCGAGACAACUGGGACCGCAGGUUACAAGUCCAAUUGCCAAAAAUCACGGACUUUGUGUUAGUUUUCUCGAUCGAAUUCUCGAGAGAUUCCCGUAUGAGAAGAACUACGAACGGCACAAGUAUGGCUUUGAUGAGCGGCUUGUGACGCAGCUCAUCUACAACUACCGUAGCCUCCCGAGUGUCCUCAAACUCUACAGUGAUCUCUUCUACGAUGGGAAACUUAUUCCAACGAUCGCCGAAGAGGGAACGCCUGAGAUUGCUUUUCUGCAAAAGUUCCGUCCUAUUCUUUCCGAUGAAGCCGAUCCGAAUCACGGAGUUUUCUUCUUCUCAAUCGCCGGUGAGAAUCGUCAGGAUCCAGAUAGCCCAUCCUGGUACAAUCCUUUUGAAGCUAGGAAUAUCAACUCACUCUUGAAGAAACUCUACUCAAUGGGCAUUGAGCAUUCGGAUAUUGGCAUCAUAACGCCGUAUCAGGCACAGGUGAAGCGUAUUCGGCUCUUCCUGUAUCAAAUUGACCCGGAAAAGUGUCCCAAAGUGGGUUCAGUGGAGGAAUUUCAGGGGCAGGAACGGAACAUUAUAAUCCUGUCAACGGUGCGAUCGUCAAAGAACUUCCUGGCGCACGACUUCAAGUACUCAAUGGGAUUCGUGCAGAACAACAAACGCCUCAAUGUGGCCAUCUCGCGUGCCAAGAGUCUCCUCAUUAUCUUCGGGAAUGCCUUCCUGCUGGCCAAUGAUCCCAAUUGGUGCAAACUCAUACGCUACUGUGCCGAACGGAAUGCCUUCACGGGUCCCCUUCCACCACAAGUUGUCCUUCCGGAAGUCUCCGAGGAAUGAAUCCAUCUUCCGGAAUAGUUUUAAAAUGAAAUUUCUUUAUUUUUUUUGUAUUCCUUUCAAUUUAUUCAGAUGAAAUAUAAAUCCAAAGAAUUUAUUACAAAA